UUGUAGGGUUCCGGGUCGCACGUGUUAAUGUUUGUGUACGUGCAGCGGCAGCAGCAGGCCUGGUAAAGUUCCCGCAGCUGAGGGUUAGGCUGCUGGGGCGCGGGAGCAAAGGACCCGCCCGCUAGCCCCGGCAGUCUUUAAAUUCUCGCGCACUUGGGCUGCCCUGUGCACUCACCUGCUAGUCUGCAGCGAGUGUCCCACCUCUCUACGCUUCCGAGAGAGACUCUUGUCCACUGCUYUAGACGGGAGAUGUUGUUGCUUGAUUGCGAUCUGGAGGUGGAUAGCCUGAAGUAUUUGCUGGAGGCGGGGGCUUCUGUCAAUGCACCCCCGGAUCCUUGGGAGCAGUCGCCUGUCCACUUGGCCGCAGGUGGCGGCCUUGUUUACUUUCUUCUCUGGCAGCUGCAAACAGGUGCUGAUCUCAACCAACAGGAUGUUUUGGGAGAAGCUCCACUCCACAAGGCAGCGAAAGUUGGAAGCCUGGAAUGCCUUAGCCUGCUUGUAGCCAGUGAUGCCCAAAUUGAUUUAUGUAAUAAGAAUGGGCAAACAGCUGAAGAUCUUGCUUGGUCAUGUGGAUUUCCGGAAUGUGCUAAGUUUCUUACAACAAUUAAAUGUAUGCAGACAAUAAAAUCAAAUGAACAAUCUGACGGGGAUCACUGUGUUCCAAAGUUCAGACAGAAACGAAGUUUUGGAAGUACAGAAAAUACAAAUGGGAAAAGGAGGUGCUGAUGUCAUGUUGGUUAUGAAGCCACAUGAAGAAGGGAUUCAUCCAUGCAGAUGUACAAGUGAUGGCUUUUGGCAUACUGUAUGUGUCUAAACUYCUGAGAAGGAGGAAAACUUUCUUCCAAGUGAAGAGAAUAUUUAAGAAUACAUGUAUUUACAUGCCUGUAAUAUUUUGGUUGUGCAUGUUGUCUUUUUAUGUUAUUAAAGGAAUGUCUAAA